AUGUUCAAAUCCAUUGGAAUCUGCUCAGUCUGUCUGAAGGACAUGCCUAUUUUCCAGCCAAACAGAAGAAUUUUUUUGGAAAUGCCAGAUAUAGAUUGCAGAAAGAAUCCUCCCUUCCUAAUAAUACUUGUUACAUCUUGUCGUGACCAAAUUAAGACCCGGAUGGCCAUCCGUGAGACGUGGGGCAAGGAAAGAGUAGUCACUGACAAACGCAUUGUGACAUUUUUUCUUUUAGGAAGUCCUUCACAUUACCAGGAUGGGUUUACCAUUAUGAUGGAAAGUUUACUUUAUAAAGACAUCAUCCAGAAGGAUUUUUUAGAUACUUUCUAUAAUUUAACUUUAAAGACUUUGAUGGGCCUUGAAUGGGUUCAUACAUUUUGUCCACAAUCUAGUUUUGUAAUGAAAACUGACUCUGAUAUGUUUGUCAACCCUCUUUAUUUGAUGGAACUUCUUUUGAAAAGAAACAGAACCACCAGAUUCUUUACAGGUGCCUUAACAAUGCAAGCUCAUCCAGUAAGGGAUCCAAGAAGUAAGUGGUAUGUGAGUAAAGAGGAGUAUCCCUGGAACAAAUACCCUCCCUGUUGUUCAGGAGCUGCUUAUGUUUUCUCCACCGAUGUUGCUAGUCGUAUGCACAUCAUUUCUAAAAAGAUCCCCUUUUUUAAACUGGAGAAUAUAUUUGUAGGUCUGUGCCUUUCUCAUCUCAGAAUCAAAAUGGAAGCACUUCAUUCGGAGCCAGUAUUUUUUGUAGGCCGAAUUGAAUUCUCUCCAUGUCGCUACAGGAGACUUGUCACAAGCCAUUUUAUAACAUCUGUUGAGAUGCUUUUGUUCUGGCAUGGACUGGAAAAGUCCAUCGAUGAAGAAUGUCCUUAA